GGAACGGUAAACGAGAAAGUUUAGAACAUUCACAGGAAAGAACCCUGAGUAAGUACAGACUGAAGACUUAAACUUCACGCUUAAAUGAGCUAAAUUAAAAUGUCAGAUCUUAAAGACAGAGAGAAUGUGAAGAAGACGAUUCUUGCAGUUGAUUACGUAAACGAGAGCUGGAAGGAUGGUCAUUGGGGCUGGAUCGUAUGCCUCGCCGCUGCCGUCGUACAAUUUGUCGUUCUUGGAAUCCACAACAGUUUUGGGAUUUUGUACAUUGUGUUCGUGAGGGAAUAUGGCUGGAGCAAAGCCUUGACAGGUUAUAUAGGCUCUAUGGGCCUCGGCAUGAACUUUUUCUUUGGCCCUUUCACGAGCGCACUUUGUGAUCGUUUUGGUUGUCGAGUCGUCGCCAUGGUCGGUGGACUCAUCUCCGUCACCGCUUUGUUUGCAACUUCCUUCGUCAACGGCCUUGUUUCCAUUUACCUGACUUACAGCAUUUUGUGGGGAAUGGGCUCCAGUAUGUGUUUCGUCCCGACAUUCCUAAUGGUGGGCAGGUACUUUGAACGUCGGAAGUCCUUAGCAAAUGGAAUAAUUACAGCAGGGAGCGCAGUCGGUGCUCUAGUUAUGGGACCUACUAUAAACAUGCUCUUGGAAAGGGUUGGCUGGCGUAACACGAUGAGAAUCAUUGGUGGUGUUGCUUGCGCCAUGGUGUUGGCUGCCUUGACGUACAGACCCCCACCUGUGAAGAGCGAGGUUAAUUUUGAACAGAAAAGGAAAAAGGUUAUUGAUAUAUCCGUGUGGAAAAACAAGGGAUUCGUCGUGUGGGCAUUUGCGCUUGCAAUUUUCAACUUGGGCUAUUUUGUUCCUUUUGUAUACCUGCCGACCCAUGCAAGUUACUUAAAUAUUCCUGAAUCGAAAGCAUCUUUUCUCAUCGGCUUCCUGUCGGUUGGUUCGUUAUUUGGACGGCUUUUCUUCGGCCACGUCUCGGAUUACCAGUGGAUCAAUCGACUGUACCUUUACCAAACAGCACUGCUGGUAAUGGCUGUUACCACCACGCUGUGUCCACUGGCCACAAGCUAUGGCGGGCUCAUCGUCUACACGAUCUUGUUCGGGAUUUUUGACGGCGCGUUCGUAGCUUUGAUUGCUGUUCUCACUGGUGAUAUUGUCGGAAAUAGUAAGCUGCCUUCAGCUCUUGGCUUUCUCUAUUUAGUCUUCUCUGUGCCGAUCAUGACAGGAUCCCUUAUUGCAGGUUUUCUCAGCGACAUCACCAGUACCUACAACGAGGCAUUUUACUUCUCGGGUGCUUCCAUUGCAGUAUGCACGUGCGUCCUAUCACUAGUUCCAGUCUUUGCACCGAUGAGAAGACCGGGUCGCACAGAAAUUAAAAUGAAAUCGGAUGAACUCGACGAGAAGAAAAGAAGGCCUUCGUUUUUUGAGAAAUACGUACAAAGAUACUUUAGAGUUUCGGAAGAAGAUCCUUGUGAAGUUGUAGAGUGUUUGAUGGUUGUUGACAAAGAAACGGCAGUGUAAAUUUCGUCAGAAGAUGCUCUCACUAAGGUUGUGACUUUUACGGCUAACGGUAAAUAUUUUGGCCUUUUUACGGUUAACGGGUUUUUAAAUUUCCCUACGGUUAACAGAAAUCUUAGAAAUUAAUCACCCAUAAAUUAGUUUUCAUUGUUUAAAAAGGUUAAAAAUCUAUUUUGAUCACUGUAAAACAUAGUAAAGGUCCAAACUAAAAUAUGAUAAAAGUAAAAACGCCUGGGUACCGGCGAAUUUAAUGCUGGGGGUAACCCCGUAAUGGACUAGCAUGCAA